CUGCUGUGGAAGGUGGUGGCAGGUUUGAAUCUUAUGCAGUGCUUAAAGAAAAGCAAAAAAGAGAUCGGGGGUCUCGUGGCGGGAAAGGAGCCAAGAGCGAGAGUCCCGCUGAAGACGACUAUAGGUGGGAAACACCUAUAUCGGGUAGCAGCGAUAUAGGAAGAUGCAUCCUCUCAUACUGUGCGGCAGAUGGCAAUGGUAAACCCCUCCUGUAUUCUACCAAAGAAAACCACAUGGCUCUGUGGUCACCAGGAGUCGACACUGACUCGACGGCACAACUUUACCUUUAGUCUUUGUCAAGUACUGUCAAGUAAAAUAAACAAUUUUAUUGGGUGAAAAAAAUCUGGUGCAAUGAGCUGGGCCAUGGAAGAGUGGAAAGAAGGCCUUUCCACAAGGGUCCUUCAGAAGAUUCAAGAACUUGAAAGUCAACUUGAGAAGGUUAAAAAGGAGCGACAGCAGCGACAGUUUCAUCUCGAAUCUCUGGAGGCAGCUUUGCAAAAACAGAAGCAGAAGGUUGAAAAUGAAAAAACUGAACAGGCAACACUGAAGAGAGAAAACCAGAGCUUGAUGGAACAGUGUGAUCACCUUGAAAAAACCAGGCAGAAACUUUCUCAUGAUCUUCAGGUGAAAGAAUCCCAAGUUAACUUUCAAGAGGGACAACUCAUGUCUAGCAACAAACAAAUUGAAAGGCUAGAACAAGAACUUAAAAGAUGCAAAUCUGAACUAGAAAGAAGUCAGCAAUGCCUUGCUCCCGGAGACUCUUCUUUUGAUAGUACACCACAGAAGAACUUCGCUGUUCCUCCAGUACUAAGUCACAAUGAUUCAAAGUUCGGAGAACUGCAAGUAACAUACAGUAAAGAAGUUGAAGAAAGGAAAAGAUUGGAGACAGAACUGAAGAACCUGAAAUCUCAACAACCAAAUCCUUUGCAUCCUCAAACUACGAUGAGUCGCAGGGAAAUAGCUCGGCAACACGCUUCCUCAUCUGUGUUCUCCUGGCAGCAAGAGAAAACUCCAAACCGAACUUCGUCCAGUAAUCACGAAACUCCUGGAAGCAGCAAGCUGCUUACAUCACAUUUUCCCUGGGAAUCCGGGGCAACUCCUGGUCAGGAAAGUCUAAAGUCAGCCAAGAAAGAUUUCAACAACAGUGUGGCAGACUGCUGCAAAGAUUCUCUGUUCAUGGAUCAGAUGAAAAUACAGAACCAAGAGUUAAGAUCCAGAAUUCAACAGCUUGAGCAUAAUUUGCAAACUCAAACCCAAGAUCUGAAAUUCCAUGGGACUAAACUUCAGGAGAUUCAACUGCAAUUAGAAAAUGCAAAAAUUGAAUUAACCGAAAAAGAUAAAGCUUUGAACAAGGGUAGAAAUGAAAUAAAUAGGAUUACAGCACAACUUGGCCAAACUACUGUUCAGUUGACUACCACAGAGGAAAAGAUGAAAACACUUUCAGAUGAGCUGAACUGUCAGAGACAAAAUUCUGAAAGUGUCCGACGCUCUUUAGAACAGAAAGUGAAAGAAAAGGAAAAAGAAUAUCAAGAGGAAUUGAACCAAAUGAAGACUAAAUUUCAGGAGGAAUUGCAUCAGGCCAAGAAUAACUAUAAUCUUCUCCAAGCAGAACUUGAGAAAACACUAUUAGCAAAACAACAUUUGGAAAAAAAUGCCAGUGAUUUUAAACAGAAGUUGACUAGAGCAGACCAGACUAUGCAAACCAUGCAGCUGAAGGAAGAAGAGCUCAGAAGGAGCUGUGAGGAAGUAAAGAAGCUGAAUCAUCUUCUUGACAGCCAGUCUGCUCAACAGGCCCAAGAAAUCUGCCAGCUGAAAGAAGAAAUCUGUAUGACCAAACAGCUGCUUCAGCAGAAUCAAAAUUUUGCAGAAGGGAUUCAGAAUAAAAAUGACUCUCUAGAAAUAGAGUUAAAACAACUUGAAGAGAAACUGAAGAAGCAAGACAACUCCCUCACUGUGGAAAAAAUGAAACAUGCUAUUUCUGACCUGGAAAAUCAACGUGAUUCUCUCCAACAGCUCCUGAAGCACAAAGAAGAUGUUAUUGAAAAACUCAAUAUAAAACUGGGAGAUCUAGAAACAUUGCAAAAAGUUCUUGUGGAAUGUGAAGGACUUAAACAAGAAAUUCAGAUUCUUUCCCAAUGGAAGAAAGAAAAUGAACAAUUCCUGAACGAAUGUCGUUCAGAAAAAGGAGGACUGGCGAGCAAAGUCGACCUCUUGGAAAGUGCUUUAAUGACUGAACGAGUUAAAAGUAACGAGAGAGUAAGAGUUGUGGAAGUUGAAUAUGCAGAUCUGAAAUGCAUGCUUGAAGGCAAAACCACAGAGCUUGAGGCACAAAAAUCAAUCUGCCAUGAGCUUCAGCAAAAAAUGGAGACAUCUGAGGAAAAAUAUAGGAAAGAAAGAGAAAAUAACUCACUGAGAUUAUCUGAGUUCACCAAGCAGGUGGAUGUCCUACAGCAAACUCUACAGUCAGCAGCAAAUGAAGUGUUAGAAAAGGAAAAAUGUAUUUCCUCUCUCGAGACAUCAUUAGCUUCCCAUGUGCAGUUAAAUGCACAUGUUCAGAAACAGUGCAAAGAGCUGAUACAAUCCAGAGAUGAAAUGGAAAGAAAAUUGGCUAAAGCAGAGCAGAGACAUGAACAUCUUGUGAGGGAGACAGAACAGCAGAUUAGUAGCUUGCAAGUAGCUGUUUCUGAAAAACAGGACUUGAUAAUUAAAACAUUAGCUGCUCUUGCCGAGAAAGACAAUACAUUGCAAGCGUUGAGCAAAGAAUCAGAAAGGCAACAAGGAGAGAUUCGGGAUUUAAAAAUCAAUAAUAAAUUGCUUGAGGACUCAGUUCAUCAACUAAGAGUUAUACCUCAAAGAAUAACUCACGAGGAACCAGAUUUGUCUGCAGAAAUAUCUUUAAAUAAAAAAGAAAUUGAAAGCCUUAAUGGUGAAAUUUCUAUCCUUAAGAGUGCUAUAGAUACUCUAGAACAAAAAAGUAAAAGCUUAAUACAAACAAACCUAGAUCUGUCUAGUAGUUUGAAAGAAAGGGAGGAAGAUCUCUCAGAGCUGUUGGAAAAGUAUAGAGAGAAGAACUUGCUACUGUCAGAAGCAGAAGAAGAACUGGAAAGAAAAUGCAAAUCUUUGGAAGCAAAGAAUGAGAACUUAGAAAGCACCUUGCGAGAGCAAGCUAGUCAUUUUGAAAUGGAAAAGGCUGCAUUUGAAUUCCAAGAGAAACAGCUUGUUAAUGAAUGUAAAGAACUUGAGCUUAAGGUUAUAUCCUUGGAAGAGAAAAAUAACACUUUGCUUUGGCAACUUGAAAAAAUGCAGUUGGUAUCUAAAGAAACCAAGAGUGUUCCUAUCCAAAAUAUAUCAUUGGCUCAAUGUGAUGGUUUAAGGCAGGAAAUGACAGAACAAAAUAAAAUGGCACUUCAUGACAAUAUCUUGCUGCACGGGGAUGAGCAUGUGAUCAAGGAAAUGAAUGAGCCUACAACCAGUGACUUGACUUUAGAGAGAACUUCACUGGAGCAACUGAGAGUAUCUGUGAAAGAACAGGAGGAUGAACUGAAUAAAUACCAAGUGAAGCUUGAGCUACUGCAGAUGGACCUCGAGGAUAAAGAAGUCUCUGUGGAAAACUAUGCGGAUCAGGUCAAGCAGCUGGAAACUGUUUUGAGAACGAUGGAAAUAAAAAUUGAGGAUACUGAAAGUGAAAAUGUGAGGCUGACACACAAAUUGCAAGCUCUAAAAGACUUGGAAAACUCAACUUUGGCGAUUACAGACCGGGAUGAGAAUGACCAAUCAUCAGCACAUUUCAAUGUCGUUACCAAGGACAACUUUAACCAACAAAUAGAUGCCAAGCAUUUGUCAGUUCCUCAUGAUCUGAUGCCCAGCCAAAAUGAUUAUGUCCGAUUAGUAUCCUCCCUACACAUGACAAUGAGCAAGCUAAAUGAGUUGGAGAAAAUGUGUGAACACCUGCAGAUUGAAAAGUCAACAUUAGCAUUACGGCUGAAAGACUCACAAUUGGAAUUCGUCACAAGCACAAACACUAUGGCAGAAGAGCUCAUGAGCAAAAUUAAUAUGGUAAGAGAAGAGAAUGUUGCUUUUUAUGGUGAACUAAUGGAUCAGAGUGAAACAGGAGCGCCAUCUGAUAUUGAGCAAACACCCCUUGUAGCUCUGGAAUACCAUACAGGACUUGACAGUGAAGAUUUAAAACUAUCCAGCCAAGACAUUCAAAUACACUUUGAUGGGUUAAAGGAAAAAAUUCUCUCUCUGACAAAUGAAUAUAAAAUCUUGCAUGAGCAGAACUUGAGUAUGGCCUCCAAAAUAUCAGAGCUUCAGUGCUGUGUUGAAAUGCUUAAGGAAGAAAAUACUGCGCUGUCAACCAGCCUCAAGCAAGUUGGUAAUGCUUCAUUCACAACACAGGUGACCCCUAGCCAAGUCGAUAAAGAGGUCCGAUCAGAUGGGAAGUUCUGCAUGUGGCCUCCAUGUUAUGGUGAAACCCCCCAGUUUGAAACAUCUAUACUUAUGGAGACUGAUUUUGACAGUGAUCUGUGCAGACCAUCGAACAAAAUAGCUGAGAUAAAUAGCAGUUUCAAUCAAACUGAUCUAGAAAGUACAUCUAGUGAACAGCAUCAUUCUGCUGCAGAGCUGCAGGCCAGCCACGCAUGGGUAUUUUUCAUCAAGGAGGGCCAUGUUAUCCCUAAAAAAUGUCAUCUGGAUCAUAAAAUUGAGCCAUACCUCCAGUGUGACACUUAUGAGAAGCCCUUGAAGCUGCUUGAAGAAUCGUUUGAGAGUGCCAAAAAUCUGGAGGAUGGCGAGAUACGAAAGCUCCAAGAGCUGCUUCUUUCUGCAAGGGAGGAAGUAGACUGCCUCCGAAAGCAACAUAUAUCUGACCACAGACAGUGGCAACAGAAACUUCGUAAUGUGAUCCUGCAAGUGGCUUCUAAAUCAUCCACAGAAAAGAAACCUUCCAAACAGGAACUAGAACAGCCACGACUACAACUCCAAGACCUUAAUGUGAGUUCUCAGGCACUGCGUUGUGUUGAGACUGAAUAUCAAGUGCAGAUAGCUGCUGAACAAGCAGAUGAUCUUUUAUGUCCACUGGAAGUGUAUAGAUCAUCUAGUGAAAGCAAAGCACUAGAAGAACUGAAUGCGAGCAUGUGUGAAGCAAAUGGAACUGAAGAUAAGAGGCCAGCUUGUGAAACAGAGAGAUGCCUUUCGGUCUUAGUUACAGAAACCAGAAAUGGAGUGGAUCAGUCCUCAAGCUCUUCAGAAUGUCCUGAUGAGUUGUCAUUUUCUCCACUUUGUGAAGCGGCUGUGAACUUCUUGGAAAAUCACAGAACCACUGAAAUGCCUCCGCUACAAAUAAAGCAGAGUUGUAGUAAAAAUGAUGAGCCCUCUUGUGAUUUGGGGGAAAGCAAUAACAAAAUUGAUACUCUGCUAAUGGAUAUCCAAAGUUUAAACUCAGAGCUGGAUUCAAAGGAUAAAGAGUUGGCUGCAAAGAUAAUUGCUUGUGCAGAGUUGAACAAAACAGUGUUACUACUCGAAAAAGAAAAAGAAGAUUUCAGUGAGGCACUUGAGUCUGUUACUUUAGAAAAUCAGCAAUUAUCUUACAACAUAAUGACUCUUGAAAUAGAACUUGAAAAGGUAAAAUCUGAGCUGGAAAUGUACAAAGUUAGGCUGUCUGAUACAACAGACACUUUAGAAGAUUUAGAAAUGACCAAGGGAGACUGGACUGAGAAGCUCCUGGAAACAGAAAAUGAACUGAGAAGGAUAAAAUUGGAGAGAGAGAAUGUUGAGAAGCAUGCCCUCUCCUUGGAGGCUGAUAUUGAAGAGCUUCAGUCCAAGAAUAAGCAGUUAGAAAAAGAAAAGGAAAAUAAAGUAAAAGCCAUUUUUAGCCUUCAAGAUCAGCUUCAAAUAAUCUCAACUGAGAGAAACCAACUUAGUCAUGAUUUGGCUACUCUGUCAAAAGAUGAAGAAGAAUUGAACCAAAUGUGCCAGAAAAUGCAGGUGACUAUAAAAGAGCUCGAGUUGAGUAAAGUGGAUUCUGCUGAAUUUAUCAGGAUAUUGGAAGCUGAAGCUAAGACCCAGACAAACGUGCUUCAGGCUGCAAAGGCCAAUACUGAUUGGUUAUCAACAGAAAAGGACAACCUUACACAGCAGUUACAGAAUUUAGAAAAGGUUACAGGAGAUCUUGUACUGGAAAAAGAGGCAGCACAGAGCCAGAUAGAGCAUCUGAGUAAGGAAAAAGAAAUGAGCCUUAGGGAAUAUGAGACUUUAUACAGCAAGUUAAGUGUCUCUGAAAUGGAAAUCUCCAAAAUAUCCAAGUCUUUGGAAGGGUCACUGAUAGAAAAAGGUGAACUCGCAGCUAGGCUGAACUCUGCCCAGGAAGAGGUAGAUCAGAUGCGACGGGGCAUUGAGAAGCUGAAAAUAAAAAUAGAAUCUGAUGAAAAGAAAAGGGGUCGUCUCAUUGCAAAACUGAAAGAGGGCGAACGGAAAGCUGACUCUCUUGUUGACAAAAUUGAGAGUCUCGAAAGAGAAUUGCAGAUGUCGGAAGAGAAUUUGGAAGAUGCAAUCAUUCAGAGAGAGGAGGCAAAAGCAGAAACGGAAAUGGCAGCUACCGAGAUGGACAAGAUGCGUGUGAGUCUGCAAAGUUUAGAAUUUGAAAUGAAUGUCUUAAAGUCUGAAAAAGAGCGCCUAGAGGAAGAGUUGAGAGAAGAGCAAGAAAAAGUAUCUGAUUUAGAAGGUACUAAUUCUGCACUUGUAAAACAGUUGGAACAGAUGGAGAAGGAAGAGGUUCAAGUUAGAUGCAAAAAUGAAAAUGCACUGCAGUCCCAGUUAAAACAGGUCUGUGAAGAAAUUAAACCCUCUCACAAUGAGCAGGAAAUGAAGGCAAAAGGAGAGGAUCUGAUUAAUGAAGUCAUUUCCCUCAAACGUGAGAAUACACAGUUGGUACAGCACCUGAAGGAAGCAAAAGACAAAAAUCCCCAAACCGAGCAUAUGAUAGAAGCCUUUGUUCAGGAACUCCAAGACUUGAGGCGAAAAUUGGAUGAAAAUGACUCAUUUCUUGAGCACCUGCCAAAAAAUGAAACUUUGCAGGCUAUCCUUGAGGAUUCACAGGUGUCUUGUAAACAUCCUGAAGAGGAGCUGGAAGCCACAGGAUCUGAAAAAUAUGCCUUGGUUGAAAAGGCAGACAGUCUGAAGCAAAUAGUGCAGUUCAAGAAGGAGGUUUAUUCUUUGCACCAUAAAUGUCAGCAUUGGAUGAAAUUCUGUAGAGAAGUAAAGCAGGAAAAAGAGCUCAUGGCAAAACAGAUUCAGGAGCUCAAGACUCUACUGAAGAUAGCAGCAGGUCCAAGCUCUCCUAAGGAUUCUGCUGCAGAAGAAAUAGGGUUGGAGCUGAAAGAACUGAGGGAAUUAGUUGAAGAGAAAACCACAGAAGCAGAGGAGAACCUGGAUAAGUACUGUGCCCUGAUAAUUAGUCACCAUAAACUAGAGGAAGAGAAUGAGAUGCUAAAAACACAAGUGUCUGUACUAAACGCUCAGCUCAAGCAAUUGUCAAAUGCCUGUAGUUUGCCUCAGCAAAGUCCAGGAAGCCCGAUGAGAAUUACUGAUGGCCCACUUAUGGAAACGUCAUUUUCUGACGAUAUCACUAAGAUUAUGGCAAAGAGACACAAGGAAAACAGAGGCUGUGGCAAAGAGGCAAGGCCCUCUUUACUGGAGACCACCUCUGAAAAGAAAGCCACAUUACAAGACAUCCCAAAGCUGCGGCAAGACCUCACAGAAUAUGAAUCACAUGGCUCUCCCAAGAUGGACACAAAGGGAUUUGCUGAAGCUGCCCCAGGGAACGGUGCCCCUUGUGCUUCCCACAGAACAGACUUAAUUCCAGGGAUGAGUCCUUGUCUUGGCAGUCCAAGAUCACCACCAUCUGCGGAGAACAUAGAGAUUGAGACAGAUUCCUUUCCUGAGAACCCUAAAGCAACAGCAGAGGGCAGCAAAAUACAAAAGAGAAAUGAUGCUCAGUGGCAAGAGAUGCAAGCUACGGGUUCGCCUCUGGGCUUUCCUGCCAGAUCUCCCCUUUCUGCCUGCAACCAGUCCUUGAAAGCAGUUGCUGGAAGAUCUGCACAGUGCCCUGAUGCAGCGAAGACUAGUUCAUUUCUAAGUACAGAAGAAAAUGAGCUGGAUGAAGCCUGCCAUGUACAAUAAAUCUGGACUGAUGCUUUUCAAAUAUGAAACAAAUCUCACACUCACACACGCAGGAGCACUUCACACCUUAUGCAGUGGGAAAUGGGUGUCUACUAUCACAUGCAUACAGGGCAAGUAGCUUGCAGCUUGCAUCCAAUCUUGACUUCCUACAUUUAAUAAAAGGGCAUUUGUUGUAUGUAGCUUUGCAUGGAGUGGAGACAAGGUACAGAUGGAAAGCAUUCUGCAGAAACUGGUCAUGUCCUUCUGUGUUUCCCCAGAUCAUCAUUAUUACUGGCUCUCUGACACAUCCUAUGUCAUGCAUGAGUGUCCAAAACACUUGCCAGAAAGAAAGUCCCCUAGUAGAAGCUGGUUAUCUUCUAGGGAUGUGCAUGAACUGGUUUGGAGGUCUUUUUCCAGACCGGUUCAGCUGGGGGUGGGGGUGUAUUACUUUUUUAAGCAGGAUGGAAGGUGCUCUUACCCUGCUGGCACUGUGCUGAAAAUUGCUGGCACGGGGCGGCAGCAUACCCUCUUGCCACUCCGGUCAGUAUUAUUGCACCAGAAGUGGCCAGCGCCCAUGCAGUCUGACACUGACUGGGGCAGAAAGAGGGUACGCUGCCGUCCUGCACCAGCAAUUUUCAGCACAUCGCUGGCUGACGGGGGUAAGAGCAUCCUCCAUCAUGCUUAAAGGUAACACACACACCCCGCUGCCGAACCGGCUAUCUUCCUAUUACCGUCUACUCCAAAUUUGUUCAGGAUAAGGAAGCAUACUCACUCUGGAUCCUGUCUUUAUGGACAGAGGAGGUAGGUUUGGGUUGGGAUUCCUACAAAAGACUCUGUUGCCCUGCUUGUUUUCUAUUCUUUUUUUCAUUCAGUUCUCCUUGAAUGAGUUUGGGCAGCUACAAUCAAAAACUGACACUGCUUUGUCCCUUGGAGGUCCUGAGGGCAAGGGUGGGCAACAUGUGGCACUCUAGAUGUUGCUGAAUUACAACUCCCAUCACCCCAGCCACAAUUUUUUUACAACAGCAUGAUGGGAGUUGUAUUUCAGCCACAACUGGAGACCCACAUGCUUGCCUAGCCCAUGCUCCUAUCUCUGCAGUAUGUUUUCUUUAUUCUGGUUGGAGAUAUACCCACCCUCCCACUACAGUCCUUAAAGAUGGAGUGUUUAGCCUAAAGCUAGAGCUGUGUUCCACCUUUCAUUUUCUCAAAGCAUUUGGCUGACUUCAAGACGUAUGAAAUGCUUGUGCAAGAAGACUGCAUAGCUGUGUGGAGUAAAGGGGAUGUUUAAGAUUAUGCUAUGGCAAAGACGUCCCCUGCAGCACAAAUAAGACACGUCACAGGUGGUGCACCUUAGACAAGCACAAAGUUUGCACUAACACAGCAUUAGUCUGGAACACAAACUCCAUACUUGGUGCAACUGGUUAGCACAAUAGCCUUGAACUAGCGCAGCAGGUUUGCAUAAGUGUUUCAUUGGUCUAGAGAACAGCCAUUGCUUCUUUUUAAAAAAGCUGAGGGGUGUGUGUGUCAAAUAACUUGGUCUCUGUUGCUUUGGAAAUGUCUUCAUGUACUGGUAUCAGUGCAAUCCCUUUUUUGUCCCAACACUGUCCUUGGGGUAACAGGCAUUGGAAACAUGGGACAUCUGCUUUGCUGCUUUCCCUUCAAACAAUACAUGGAAAUGACAUGAAGACGGGAAACUGGGUUUUGGGAUCUUUGAAAGGAGCAUGCCAAGGCAUAUCUUCCAGUGAACCGACCAUGGCCCCUGGAUAGGUGAUGUUCACCCCUCAGGAAUGCAUUGACAUGAGUACAUUAGUCCAAGUCUAAUGCUUCUUGACUAUCCUUGACAGAGGGGUCUCUUCCAUGGCAAAGGAUUACUCGUUAACUUUGUACUAUCAAAGGUAACUGUUGAUUCCAGAAAAUUCCUAUUCAGUAGAUAUUUGGGUAGGGUUUCGCCCUCCAAACCCCUGCUGGUGCUCCAUUUUUUUUUUUCAAAAUCAAUGGGACGGCAGUGUCUCCCUGCCGCCCCUUCCCCCAUUGUUGUCCAGAAAUUGGCGGAAGUAUGGGCUGCAUGUGCGCCCCUGCAUGUCAA